AUGCAGAAAAUAUUGCUUUGUGCUCUGCUUGUUGCUGGAGCGUUGGGUAUCCCCAGUGGGAAUCAACGUCGGUCCGACACCGAAGCUAGCAGUACCACCGAAGCGAGUAGCACCACCGAAGCCACUGCAACUGCUACCCCCACGGACAUUAUAUUCCAAAUUGGCGAGGUCUGCAGAGACGGUGGUAUGAAUCAAACUACUUGGAAUACGUUUGGUGUCGAUAAUCAAACGGGAAAUAUCUGGACUCAAUUCCCCACUGACAUUUGGCAUAAUCAUCAGGUUAAUGAUGAUGCAUCCCAUGUCACUUUUUUGAUGAACAUACUUGACCUAUCAGGUAAAUGUGAAGCCAACGGGGACUGCGAUCUUGUCUCUCAUUUUGAUGUUUCAACUUGCAAAUCCUAUGAGAAUGAUUUUUGGACUCCGAUGUUUUAUUUCAUCCUCAGUGCCCUGGAGAAUUUCCACUCAUGGCCGUCCACGAUGCAGGACACUAUAAAUGACGUGGGAACCAGCAUAGGAACCACAGCUACAAAAAUCGUGGACGAUUUCAAGCACGAUAAGGCCAGCGAGGAUAGCACUUCUAACAGUCUUGCUCUUGCGAGUUCUGUUUUGACAAUGCUGUCAGGGGCCCUUGCUGUUUGUGGUCCAUGUUCAGCGGUGGUUACGGUCGCUGGAGGUGCAUUGUCAAUGGGUUCAGGUAUAGCGGGAGCAACCUCAGACACGGCUGCUGAACUUCUUCAGGAGGAAAUUUCAGAUAUCGGGGACCUCGAAUUAACCCUUAAAAAAUCCACUGACGUUCUAGCAAAUGUUAUUGGAGCCGUUGGCAAGCAAGUCCUUGGUACCAGUAUCAGCGACAUGGGCAGGGAUUUUUAUGAUUACGCGUAUAGCGCCCCUAGCGUGCUUCAAGAUGGCAUGUUUGCAGCUCCAUUUGAGGAAUGGGAUGACGUUAAGGAAAACUUGAAUAAAAACUUCGCCGCUUCCGCCAUCAAUCCGGUCUGGGGAAAGGAUCAGGUAUUUAUCGCAAAGGGCACACGUACCAUCAAUGGUGAAAAACUCGGAGACUUCAAGAUACGUGGACAUGAUCUUGUUAAUGAUGCUCGAGUCUGCGAUGAUGGUGAAGAUGGAGACGGCACUUGCUACUUUUUCGUGAUGGCCCAGUCAUUCAGAAAAUCCGCUGCCGCAUUAGGAGAAGGAGGAGGUAUCAAGAAUCCUAGGGGUCUAGACAAACUUGACGAGUUUGGUCUAGACAAGCUUCAAUUCGCCAAAUCAGCCGACUGGUACCAGAACACGUUUGGGGCCUACCUUAAGAACGCCACUGCUAGUGAUAUGUACAAUGCUCUCAAAAAUAUCGAUACAUCGUCAAACUACUUUGUCAAUAUGCCAGUGGUGAGCUUCGACAAUGCUCCUGGGAUUGAUCCGCAUAAUCCAGGUUCUCUAGGAAAUGUCUAUCACACGGAGGAUUAUUUCCUUGAAGAACUAUCGCGUUAUGUUCAACCUGAUACACUCGAUGGCUGGCCUUAUGCCAGUAUGUGGGAUUAA